AUGUUGAUAUUUUCUUUCUUUUUCCGUCACGCACCGCCUCACAUGUAUUUGAGUCGAGAACGACAACGAGAAACGAUCACGAAGGAAACCACGAGAACAAUGGUGGCUGCUAAAGUAUUUUAGAUGGCGGUGUUCUCUUGGGUAUGGCAGUAUCGUGUUAUUUCAAGGAAUUUCGACAAAUGUUGAAGAUUAACCAAGAAAAUCUAUUAUAAGCACAGAACAGGACCUUUGGAAAUGUCUACAAUGCAUUUUAUGGUCCAUCCUUUGCCUGGCACUGAGGAUCAAUUGAUAGACAGACUUAAAGAAGUAGCAGAGCGAUGGAAUCGGUACGGGACCGGCGCCGGCUCCUCGGCCCUGAGCUCGCUGCGCGGCGUGCGCGCCGUGGCCGCGGGACCGGCCCACAUCGCCUGCCUGCUCGAAGACGGAACCAUUUGCCGAGCUGCAUUUUCUAUUAUACCUGACCGAUUGGACUUGAGCAAAACUGACGCUAGCAAGAGCGGCGGAAAUGGAGGCGGAGGCAGCGGGGGCGGCGGGACGAGUGGGGGGAAGCAAAGUGGCAGCGGUGGUGGUUGCGGAUCAAGGCAGCAGCCUCGGACCAGAGCACGUAUUAUGAGGAAUUCCAUUCGCACGGCCACAAGCUCGCAAGGGUCUACGAGCCGCGCCGCGGGCGUUAUUAUCGGCGCGUCCGGCUCCGGCCGCGUGGUGUCCGUGCCCGCGCCUUUCGUGCCCGAGGACCUGGUCACGCAGGCGCAGGUGGUCCUGCAGGGCAAGAGCCGAAACCUUAUAGUUAGAGAAUUACAGCGUACAAACCUUGACGUGAACUUGGCGGUGAACAACCUAUUGUCUCGCGACGACGAGGAGGGCGAGGAACCGGAGAGCGGCGAGGGCGGCGACGGCUACGUCCCCGAGGACCUCAUCUCGCUGCUGGACGGCGGCUUCCACGCGGCGCAGCAGGACAACUCCGUCAUCAUCGACGCCGACGCGAUGUUCUCCGAGGACAUCUUCGGGUACGCGGCUAUCAGAAGUCGCAGUGGUGGUAACAACAGCGGGCGCGGGACGGCGAACCGCGAGAGCAGCGGCUCGACGCAGGAGCGACCAUCAGAGUUCAGUCGGUGGCGCGACCGCCAGUACUUCGGGCCGCGCAGGUGGCUCGAGUCGGCGCUUCGUGACACCUCCUGGGAUAAGGACAACACCGAAAGCAAGAAAAAAGAUUCUGCUAUGGCUGCGUCUCCGCUUUGGGUGUCCGAGGAGUUAGAAUAUUGGGACAGCAACAUCCGAUUCACGCACAUAGCCGCGACGUACAGCGAGCUCGUGGCCAUCUCCACGCAGGGCCAACUCCACCAGUGGCGCUGGGCUGACGCACACCCCUACCAGCGCACAGACGCGUCUGGUGCGGGAUGCGCGUACCACCCUCGUUCCAACUGGCUGGGGCUGGCGGCCGGCGAACGCGUGGUCAGCGUCGGCGCGGCCGGCAUCCGUGUGUCCGUGCUCUCCGACACCGGCAGGAUUGCCACCUUCCUCGAUGAAUCCAUCGCACAUGCACUAGGCGCAUCACGCUUAGAGCAUCCUCUACAGACAUUCUCGGAGUUUGGCUCCGACAGGGCUAUAUCACUGCACGUGUGCUCACUGUACACUGUUGCUAGACUGGAAUCAGGAGCGCUUUAUUGGUGGGGGGUCCUGCCCCUGGGCCAGCGCGCCCGCCUCUGGGAGAAGCACCGAGCGCGGUCCCGUAAGCAGCGCGGCCACUCGUCCGCGGCGCCGCAGGACCUGCAGGCUGGACAGAGCGUCACCAUGAAGAACGCGCCCAUGUACCAACCUGGGGCUGUUGGGUUUAACAUGUCAACGGGAGUACCUAAAGUUGGUGUGCUUCAAAAUGCUGCCUGGAAUAUCUCAGACACUUGUCGAUUUAAACUGUUGCCCCCGCCGCAACCGGAUCGCUCGCUUUCCGACAAGGACAAGAGAGAUCUACAAAACCAGUCGCCGCUAACAGUUUCAUCAGUGAAAGCCUCAUCAUCUAGCAGUGCCAGUAAGGACGCAGGCAAAGACAGCAACAAAGACAUGGCGGACCGGCUCGACAUGCCGCCACCGCCCAGUCCGGCCUCGUCCACUUGCAGUGAUACUAGCACCUCUCAUAAGCGUGCCAAACGCGUGACUUUUCGUGGAGAGGAGGGUUCAUCGAACGACGGGUCCAAACGCGACGAGGAGGAAUGGCCGCUGAAGGAGGUCGUGUUCCUUGAGGACGUCAAGAGCGUGCCGCUCGGACGCGUCCUGAAGGUUGACGGCGCCUACGCGGCCGUUCGGUUCCCACUUGUGGGCAAAGACGGCAAGGAGGUGGUACCAUCAGCGCCUGAAGAUUGGACGGCUUUACUUCAAGACUGCCGUUUAGUGCGUAAAGAUGACUUGGCGGUCGUGAAGUGGGGCUCCGGCACGGCAGGUCCUCGCGGCCCUGACUGCCUGCAGCGCUCGCCCAGGAAGAUUGCCCUUCCGGCUGACGUCCAUGUCAUUUCUAUUGCUGUGGACGGGCGCGGCGUUCACGCUGUAGUCCGCAGGCCAGGCGGCGCGCUGGCCUACGCCGUGUACGCAGUAGGUGCCACGCGCGCACUCACCGACAGCGCCUUCCCUACUGACCACGGGGCCCUCCUUGGCCACUCAAACGGACAAGCGAUUCAACUCGCCACCGCUGCUGAGGGCAGCGAACCGGUGGUGAUGAUGCUGGACGGCAACGGUGCGCUUUAUCCGAUCGCGCGUGACUGCGUGGGCAUGGUGCGCGAGCCGCCGCCGCUGAACCUGCCGCCGGCUCGCGCUCUAGCCGCGCACGCGCUGCCGCUUUACCCGCACGGCACGCAUCACACACAUCACACUGCACUAAAGUCACAGGUGGCGCUUAUUAUUUUGGUACCGGAGCCACAACUGAUGAUGCCGCGUGUAUUACGUUGCGAUCUUGAUGGAAUUCGUCAACUACUGCACCAGUUGGAAUUGGACGUCACCAAGCAACAAGUUUUAUCUAUAUUGCAAGAGCGUUGCGAUGGCAAUAGGAACAUACUACACGCAUGCGUACAUAUGUGUGCGCCUACAUCGAACAAGGAACCUGAUAUAGUUGAAAAUGCUACCACUUUACCUAACCUGUCGGGGGGCACCGGUGGAAUUAAUUCUAGUGCAGAUGAAGCCGUUCCGGCGCUAUCCUGGCCCCCCGAAACCUUUGAAGCCUCAGGUGAUGAGGACAGCCUUAUGGGACUUACUGGCAACGGAAAGAUGCCAGGUGGUGGCAAUAACGGAGGAGGAAUAGUAAGUGCCGACCCUGCUGAGCGUCGCGGCAAUGCGCUCCUGGCACUACGGGCUAUGUGCGACAGUCCUGCGAUACAGCCGUACCUCAUGCAGCUGCUGACUGCCACAGAUGGCAUGGGACAGACGCCCUUGAUGGCUGCAGUAGCGGAGCGGGCGUACCGCGCCGCGGUGGUGGUGCUGGAUGCGAUCCGUGCGUGCGCCGAUGGCGAGGCGGACGACGCGCAGCGCGCGGCCGCCAUCUUCCCGCCCAACGCACACCCCGACCACUCGCCGCUCCUCGUACUGUGCUGCAACGACACCUGCAGUUUCACUUGGACGGGGCAAGAACACAUUAAUCAGGACAUUUUUGAAUGUAAAACAUGUGGACUGACCGGAUCUCUAUGCUGCUGCACCGAGUGCGCUAAGGUGUGCCACAAAGGCCACGAUUGCAAACUAAAACGCACCUCGCCAACGGCUUACUGCGACUGCUGGGAGAAAUGCCGCUGCAAGGCGCUGGUCGGCGGCAACUGGGCAGCUCGUUGCGAUUUACUCAUUCGACUCGCUAAGGACACUCAACUGGCUACACAUUUCAAUUCAAGGGGAGAGUCGAUUCUACUAUUCCUAGUGCAAACUGUCGGCCGACAAGCGGUUGAACAGCGUCAAUUCAGGGCGGGCGGAGGCCGCGGGCGAGGACCACGCAAGCAGCCCGGCUCUGAUGCGGAGGUUGAUGCUCCCGAUCACGACUUAGAGCCCCCGAGAUUUGCGCGCCGCGCCCUGCUGUUCUUACUCAGCGACUGGGCGGCGGUGGAAGCAGCCGUGUCAUGCGGCGCCAACUGCUCAGUCGGGGAGGGGGACAGCCGCCCCGGCAGCCCCGCGCCGCACCAGUCCGGCACCACCUUACUUGACAAAUUCACUCAUGCUCUCAUUGUCAAAUGCACCAACGAGAUGCUUGAUACACUUCUGAAUACGCUGAUAAGAGAACAACAGAACGAAACGAUCCCUGGGCGCCCGGAAAGAGCGCGUGAAGUGGCGCGCAGAUUUGUACGCUCUGUUGCUCGGAUAUUUGUCAUAUUUAGCGUAGAAAUGGCUCCAGGUGCCGCUAAAAAGAAAGGGCCGCUUUCGAUAACAUCGUCAUUGGUUCGGUGUCGGCGCGUGUUCGCCGCUUUAGUGGCUCUAGCAGUUGAAGAGCUGGUCGAGGCGGCGGAUGCCCUACUCGCCCCUGUGCGUUUGGGCGUCGUGCGUCCUACGGCCCCAUUCCCUCUGGCGACGACAUUCGUAGAUCUUGUUAACGGAAGUGAAGAUUUAUUCGGAGUAGAGCCACUAUCUACUGCGGCAUCACGCCUUGCGCACUCCCGCCGAGAGUCGAACGCAGCUGCGGGUCGCGAUGCAGGCACAGGAGGCACGUCGAUGGGCAGUUCCACGUUAGUAGCCGACAGGUCGUCGACGCCGGUCGCGACCGAGUACGCCGACGAGGUCGCUGGCGAGGCGCUGGGCGGCGACGACGAUGCCUCCGAGACCGACGAGCCCAACGCGGCCGCGCCCGUCCCUCCCACUGAUAAUCAGCACCACGAUGAUCCGAUGGGUGAUAGAGGUCAAGAUCAACACGUGGUAGUGGAAAACGGCACAGAGCGUGCAGAAGGAGGGGAGAGCGAAAGCGAAUUAGACUUACUGGCUGAAGCCGAAACUGAGAGUGACUCAGACGACCAAGACAACGCGGAUCCGGCCCAGCGCAGCGUGCAGACUGGUGCGGCACAAGGGUCUGACGGAGGAAUAGCUUCUCUUCUUCUAUACCCAGAAGACGAGAGCGGCGACUCGACGCAGCCCGAGGACGAGGACAGCGAGGCGGGCGAGACGGACGAGCAGGACGCUGAGGCCGAGCCGCCGCUGCACGACGGAGAGACGCUUGAGCGCCGCGCGGCGCCGCCCUCUCGCCCCAACCUCGCGCCACACUCCAUGCAGUGGGCCAUACGUUCCCGCGAGAGCACGCGCGGCACUAGCAGCAGCGCGGGCGGUGUGCGGCUGGCGGGUGGCUCUUCGCUGGUGUUCAUCGACCCCGCGUCGCUGCGCCGCUCCGCCGCAGCCGCCGCCGCCGGCGCGCACGACCCGCACUCUACCUCUACCACCGCUUCCUACCUCGCCAGGGCUUUCGGCAUCGUCAUUCGGCAGAUAGCCGAUUUGCUAUGGGAAUACGAGCGCGUCUCGUUGCCCAUACCUCGCAUGUUGCCACUCUCAUAUCGCGAAGCUUUACGCUUGCAAUGCUAUCUCGAGAGACAACUUAAACCAACAUGGGAUUGGUUAGUGACUGUAAUGGACGCUACCGAGGCACAACUAAGAUUCGGUGCUUCACUGACAUCCAACAACGUAAGCACAACCACAGUGGAAAGCGGGCGGCCUAACGCACCUGCCGUUCGGCGCGCCACAUCCUUUACUUCCCCUGCAACCCGCAUUAUAGGGUUCUCUGAAGGUCCUAGAACAAGAGACCGCGAACAAGGCGUGGAGGCGGGCAGUGCGCGUCGCGAGUUUCUGGCGUACUGCCUGUCGCUGCUGCGCGCGCACAGCGCCGAGCACGCGGAGCAGCUGCCCGUGCUGGACGUGGCCGCGCUCAAGCACGUGGCGUACGUACUCGACGCGCUCGUCUACUACAUGCGCGCCGCACAGCCGCAGCCGCACCACCACCAUCAUCUAUGGUCUUCAGACGAAAACGAGAACGAGGAAGGCGACGAGGAAAUGGUUGUGGGAGGCGCCGCAGCCGCCGAGUCCGACAGCGAGAGCGAGGGCGCCCGCGGCCGCUCGCACAACUUUUUCCAGCGGUCGGACUCUACGCUGUGUCUCGGCUGCCCGCCACCGGACCCUUUCAACAUGACGAUGCAAGAGGCGCUUCCGCUGGCCGACCAGCCGCAGCUCCUGCAGCCCAACGCCCGCCGCGAAGAGCUGUUCGGGAUGCCCCGGCAGCCCGUCACCGUGCCCGCCUCCGGCGACGCCCCGCCCGGCGUCAACAACCCGCUAGAAGUCGUGCCUCGCCGAUUGGGUUUGUCCACGCGAGGAGCGGAGCGCAGCUGGUGGCCGGGGACGCGACCCGCCUCGGCACCGCCAACGCAUUCACACUCUAUGGGUCGAGACGAACCACAGGAUUUAUCUUGUGCUAAGGAUACAAUGGGGAAAAUAGAUAUUGACACCGAUGGAGAGUACUUAUCUGACUCGGAUUCAAAUGAAGGUCGCCACAUUUCCAGAAAGAAGCAUCACAGCAGACACCCGCAUUUGGCACUAGCGAGCGGGCUGGGGUCGAUCCCGGAGCCCAGCGCGCCGCCCUCGGAGUUCCACACGCUCGUCAACACCGCCUGCUCAAUCAUAGAGGCGCCACAUCGACAGGGGCUGGCGUCUUUGGCUUCUCCAGGACCGAGCGGGUCGGGCGUCGGCAUCGCGCUGGAGCCGCGGGCGUCGUCCUCGCGCAGCCCCAUCAAGACUGUCAUUGUACGUGCUGGCGAGUUGCUGAGCGCCGCGGAUCCCCUGGAGUCGCAGGAGAUCUCCGCUCACGUGACCGUGGAGACCACCGGCUUGCCUCCGCCGCCGCUCAUUCCGCCUAUCAGCACGCCGCAACAACCGCGCGCUUGUCCUUCGCUGGGUGCGUCGGUGUCGCACGACCUGCUGCUGGGGCGCUGGCGGCUGUCGCUGGACCUGUUCGGGCGGGUGUUUACCGAGGACGUGGGGCUGGAGCCCGGCUCCGUCGUCGCCGAGCUCGGCGGCUUCCCCGUCAAGGAGGUCAAGUUCCGCCGCGACAUGGAAAAACUGAGAAACUCGCAACAAAGAGAUCUUACCUUGCAUAAGAUGGAGCGCGAUCGCGCGAAGCUUCUGCAGCAAACAUUUGCGGAAUUGAACACCGCGUUUACCGGGCAGAACCGGCGCGUGCACAGCGCGCAGCCGCCAUUGGCCGUGAACCGCGUGAAGGUGACCUUCCGCGACGAGCCCGGCGAGGGCAGCGGCGUCGCGCGCUCCUUCUACACCAGCGUGGCCGAGGCGCUGCUGGCGAACGAGAAGCUGCCGCCGCUGGAGCCCGCCGCCGGUGCGGGCGGCAACUCCGCCAACCCCUCCGCGGGCUCCACCGGCGGCUCCGCCGGCACCGGCAACACUGCCACUAGGAGUGUAUCUGGUCCCCGUAUGAAGAAUUUAGCCCGUCGCUCGCCCACGACCGACGGCACGUCGGGGUCGGCCGGCGCGGCCGGCGGCGGUGGCGGUGGCAGCAGCAAUACUAGUGCACGAAGCGGGCCGGGGCCCCGCAUGAAGAACCUGACGCGUCGGUCGCCGAGCGGGCCCGCGCCGCGCCCGCCGCCUUCUCGCGAGCCGCGACGCGCUCUCAGUGUCGAUGCUAGACCAUAUUCACCACAGGCCGCCCCAGGGACUGAAGGAGCAGGAUACAGCGGCGACAGACAAGGACAUAACGAACAUCUCACCUUACACCAAGCACAGUUAGGCGAAAGACUUUACCCCAAAGUGCACUCAUUACACCCAUCUUUCGCGGGUAAAAUAACUGGCAUGCUGCUAGAACUAACGCCGGCGCAGCUACUCGUGCUGCUGGCGAGCGAGGACGCGCUGCAGCAGAAAGUGCGCGAGGCCAUGGACCUCAUCGUCAUGCAUCCCUCUGAAGCGAUACUGGAUCUGGACGUUUUCUCACUGUCGGAACGAAGCGCCGCGGCGGCGGGCUCCGGGUCCGGCGGCGGUGGCGGUGGCGGUGGCGGUGGCGGUGGCGCGGGCGGUCCGGGGGGCGCAGGCGGCGCGGGCCCGCCCAUCGCGGCUCCGCCGCCACCCGACGACGCCGCCCCUCUGUUCUACUCGCCAGGCAAGCGCGGCUACUACUCGCCCAGACAAGGACGUGCGACCCCUGAACGGAUUAAUGCUUUUAGGAAUGUUGGCAGAAUCAUCGGCCUGUGUCUGCUACAAAAUGAAUUAUGCCCUAUGUUCCUCAAUCGACAUGUACUGAAAUAUAUUCUUGGUCGACCAGUUCGGUUUCAUGACUUGGCGUUUUUUGACCCCGUCGUGUACGAAAGCCUGAGGCAACUCGUGGUCGACGCUGAAACUGGCGAUUCACAUUCAUUAUUCGCUGCUCUAGAUCUCAACUUUAGCUUGGAAAUGUGCGAAGAGGAGGGAGGCGGGUGCGUGGAGCUGGUGGCGGGCGGGCGUGAGCUCGAGGUCACUGCCCUCAACGUGUACGACUAUGUGCGCAAGUACGCGCAACACCGCAUGCUGCUCUCGCAGGAGAAAGCACUCGAGGCAAUACGAGUGGGCGUCCUGGACGUUCUGCCCGAGUCUGCAUUGGAAGGCUUGACGGCAGAGGACCUACGACUGCUGCUGAACGGGGUCGGCGACAUCAACGUGGCGGCGCUGGUCUCCUACACCAGCUUCAACGACGAAAGCGGCGAGCCCCCGGAGCGGCUGGCGCGCUUUAAACGCUGGCUCUGGGCUAUCGUCGACAAAAUGACGCAUCUUGAACGACAAGACCUGGUGUACUUCUGGACUGGGUCCCCCGCGCUGCCGGCGAGCGAGGAGGGCUUCCAGCCUAUGCCGUCGGUGACGAUCCGGCCGGCCGACGACGCGCACCUGCCCACCGCCAACACCUGCAUCUCGCGCCUCUACAUACCGCUCUAUUCCUCCCGACACGUGCUCAAGCACAAACUGUUACUCGCUAUCAAAACGAAAAACUUUGGUUUCGUCUGAACAAACAUGCCAUGCUCUUUUUAUUAUAUAAAUUUCGUUUAGCUCUAAACUCAAUCUUCCAGGACUGUCAUAUUCCCUAUUCGAUUUUGAUUAACUUAUCACUGAGAUCCCUAAGAAACUAGUACCUAGUCAAUGAUAGGAAAACUUCUAAAAUUAAUACAUACAUACAAUUAUUCAUGAUUUACCACCAUUUUAUAGUGCGUUUUUUUAGCAUUAGACAAAAGGUAAACAAUCUUGACGUGUCUUUCUAUUGAAAAAUAUCGAAAAAAUUAGCUUAUAUUACUUAUGAAAGCAAAAUAAUGUAAAAUAUCGUAUAUGAUUUAUAAUUGUAACAUAUUUGAGAUCGCUUCCUAUCUUUCUAAUGCUAAAAAAACGAACUCUAGAAAAUAUCAAACUGAUUUACUAACAAUGUUUCGACGGACAUCCUUUUAACUGUUUUACAAAUUGAAUGAUUAGAAUAGGCUAUUUGACUAAUUUUUGAAAAUGGUUUUAAUUUAUUGUUUAUGACUUAAUAAUUACACUACAUUGAUAUUUCCGUGAAAUUUCCUAUAUUAAAUAUAUAAAAAAAAAACAAUGUUAAAGUUUUUAUUUUGAACGCGCCUUAAACGCUGUUUUUGCAAAGGGGCUAAUCACGUGACACGUGUGACGUCACACGCGAGUAAACUCAGUCAAUGACCUUAGUAAAUGUUAUGGUUUAUGUGCAUUGAAUUGAUAAUUUCACUGUAAAAUGGUAUAUAAAUGGUGUAUAGUGCCGCAAUGUUUAAGUACGACUAUAAAAAAUCCAGAUAAAUUGUUUGUUUCCGUUCCAACGAAUCCCAAAAAAAGAAAAAUGUGGUUAAAACUAGCGCGAAGAGACCCAAAGAGCAUUUAAGCGCAUAUAAAUGUUUUUAUGUGUGAAGACCACUUCGAUGUAAGUAAUAUUUAACUGUAAAUAAAUAUGGUAAUUAAAGCAGCGGAUUUUGUUAUUUAACGAAACAAGAUCUAGGUAUUUAAUGUAUUACUACAUAACCUAAUAACAUAGCUCUUUCAGCAUUAGUAGGUAGUUAGUAGCAUACUUUUUCUUUCAAACUAAAGUGCAGUAUGGAGAUAUUAUUCUCGUCAUCGUAAUCUAUAUAUAUAUAUCGUCGUCGUAUUCGUAUCAUCGAAAUCGAAAUGUUUUUACAUUUCUAAGUUCCGCAGCAUAGUAAUCCGGAUUAUCUUUAAAGAAAAGUGUAACCAUUAAUGCGUCUGUCUGGUAGGUUGCGCUAUCAGCUUUCACAUAUUUCGGCUCCAUUUUGAGAUUCUUAUGAAUAUUGUGCUACUAGAUAUACGGAUAGAUCGGAAUAUAUCAGAAAACUGUGAAACAAUAACUAAAAUUAACUAAAUACAAAUAAAACAGUUAAAACACUCAAGGCAAGCAAGAAUUUUUACCCGCGUGUGACGUCAUCCGAGCGUUGACCAAUCACAGAGCGUUCACGUCCCUGAUGAAAUUUCAAAAAAUAUUAAAUUUUCUUUCGUUUAUUUUCCAAAAAAUAAACAUAAUUUACAUUCAAAUAUAGUGAAAUAUACUUUAUUAUCUUUCAGGAUGACAGCAAUUCGUUAUAUAUUUUUGAUGUUGUCAAAUACCCUAUUGUGAUGUCGUACCAUAGACAAGUCUCUAUUGGGUAAACCUUACAUUAAUUCUUAACAGUAAUAUUUUACUUACACAGUCACUCAUGGAAUUACUAUUUGGGAGAGGAAAUUAAUUUCGAGAAUCAUAGUACAUACUAAUGUAUUUUUGCAGUUGAUAUUAAAUAUUAUUUUAUUUUCAGAUAUUAUGUGUUAUCAAUGCACACACUGGCUUUAUAAGUAUAACUUUGCUAUACACCUAUAAGUCUUAUAACUUACUGAGACACAGAUAUUUCCUGUCCCAUUAUGGCUUAUUGUUUAUAAGUAAUAUUAAGUAAGAAGUAAUAUAAAAGACUGAACCGCCAAUUUUUUUAACGUCAGUGGUUGUCAACAAUUUAAUUCCGUGUUUAACACGUUAACUGCCCCAAUUUGAAUUGUUAACCUUACGGCUUUGUAACGGAGGUUUCCCGUGACCCACAUAAGGGGCACGGAUCGUGAACGUGUUAAACAAUCUGUACAUGAACGUGCACCAGUUCUUUUUUUUAAACCGCAUUAAUUGCACUAGUUUAAAUCCAUAAAAAGUAAUCCUUAGUUCAUGUUUAUUUUUGCCAAAGUAGAAAACCUAGGUGAUAGCAAUAGCAAUAAUUGUCAGAAAUUCAUUAAGAAGGUUUCUAUUUUGAAUUGACGCAAGGUUACCUAUAUAGAUAUGGCUCGAUUGUAAGUGAUCAAGACAGUAAUAUUUUGUUUAUUUAUACAAAUCUUUGUCAGAAAAUACCCAGGCAGGCAGGUAAUCGACUACCAUAUAAAUUACACACGAGACUCGUACUUUACCCGCGAUUGUUGAUAAUGGUGAGUUUGCAUAGUAUUGUGAGAUAUAAUAUAAAUUUCAACUUGUAUUAUUUUAAAUUUCAAAAAUGUAAGCUUCAUUUUUUUUAGAUGUUUGUCGUGUAGUGGCGAAGAUAAUUAGUAUUUUGUUAAAGGGCAUUCACAAACAUCUUACACCUAGGCCUCUCAUGUCGCAUGCAGAACAAAAUUUGAGGGAUUUUUUUUUUACCUAUACCAAAGAGUUAUUGUUUUAUAAGACAUUAGCACAAUCGGAUUAGGACUAACCUCGAAAUCUCUGGAACAGUCCUGAAAUAUGGUAUGUAUGUUAUAAAAUGUCUCUUUUUCAUGUCCACACUAUUUCACAUUUGGGGACCUCUAAUCAUUUGAUUUAGCUUUAUUUUAGUUUAACCACAGAUUGCAAUUAUAAGUGCCUAACUCCGAUUCAUACUAUUAAUACGUUUAACAUCCGACUGUCUUAAAGGUUUUGUAUUUAUAAAAAUGUGUCCUAGUCAUUUAACUUCAUCGAGGCUUUUAUAAGUAAUGUCGCUGAAUGAAAACCCAUAUCAGUUUAUAAAGCACUAGGUUAAAAUAAAUCAUCUUAACAGCACUAGGAGCCAAGUUAAUUUGAACUAAGAUCUACAUGUUUUUUUUUCUUUUAAAUAAUAUAUCGUCUUAUCAGUAUGAUUUCAUAUUCGGCGUCCUCUCAAGGCGGCUGUAUUGAUUUUUAUUUAAUAAAACAAGAGUAAACAGAUUGUGAAGGGAAAGAGCAAGCUACCAAUACGUCAUUUGAAAAAAUCUGUCCACUAUCCUAGGCUACAGGGUGUACUGCAUUAUCAGUACUUAAACCCAUUAGCUUACUUUCUGGUUAAGUCGCAGUCGAGUAAAAUGUUGAUAUUGGGGUUGAUCAUGUACAAAUGUAUACACAAAAGUAGAAUUCAUAUUCCUCUAAGUUUCCUAAUAAGAGAGUGUCCCCUGGAAAAGUAUAAGCAGGCCUAUGGAACUCCGCGCGAGCGAGAUUUCAAGGUUAGUCCUAAACCGAUUGUGCUACAUGUAAAGGCUAAAAAGUUAAAACUUGCCCCCUAGUUUGACUUGAAAUAGAGAGCGCUGUACUGCGAUAUAUGUUUUGUGGUCACUGGAUUGUCAAACAUCAACUUUGAGCAACCAGUUACCGCAUAAUGCACGGAGCCGUACAGCGCCUUCCACAUCAGGUGACAAAAUCCAAAGGACGAAUUCUUAAAUUUUACAUAUCCUAUACAAUCAACGACCUAUACGCAUACGCCCUAUCAUUUUCAUUGAGACUUAUCCAUUUAAAGUACUAGAGUAUAUGUGGCUUUCCAUUGUGGCUUCUAUAAGAGAAGGGUCCUUAUGCACAUAAAGCAUAUGGACCCUAUAGGCUUGGAACGCCACAUAUUACCUUAACUAUAGCUUCAAGAAUCAUUCUGAUGAAAGUGUCGUAAUUCAAGGUGAUAUUUCCUUUGCCUCAACUAUUUGUUUUACGUAUUAUCUACUUAAUUACUUACGUAAUAUCCAGUAUUAUAUAAGAUUUAUUAAAAUACUGCGCCCUAACUUUAUAAAUGGAUGUAAGAUUUGCUAUUUAAAUUGUGAUAAAGAAUGUAUUGCCACUUUCCACCAACGCUCAAUUUUAUGAACCUGUAUGUACCAAGCGGAUUGGCGUGUGUAGUUUAUCUUGGGUAACCUCGGUAUCGUUUGAAAUCUACAUUUUUGAUAAAAAUAAUAAAAUAACUCUGCUCGCACAUUUAAAACUAAAGAUUGAGCCUGGUGAAAAUAUUUAGUAAAUUGAAAGUGAUCUGUUGUAGUGUAGUUAUAUUGAUUUGAUAAGAUUUUUUAGUCUUGACGCGGCCCAGUAAGUCUAAAAGGACGGCAUUUAUAUUUUCGACUUAAGGCCUUUAGUUUUAAAUGAGCAUUGCAUUAGGACAACAAUUUGGCUAUAUGCAAUCGACAUUAAGUUAAGUGAUUGAAGGGUGAACGGAUGCAACUACUUUUAUAUUAAUAUUACAUCAUUUUGUUGUGACCAACGAACGGUAUAUGCGUUCUUUUUUAUGCUUUAGCGAUAAUCGGUGAUAAACAACCCUUAUGGUUUAUUUAUUAUCGACAAAAAAUAUUCAGAUAUACUUUUACUGUUUAUAUAUAGCUUUGUUAUAUAGGUGGAAAUAUAAGAUAAUAGAGAGAAGUAGAAGUUACAAUUUGCGCCGGCUUACAUUGGUGUCAUUAUCGUAAAUGAUGAUAAUUUUGAUCCAGCAUCAAUGUUUUGCUCCUCUAAUAAUCUUAAAAUUUCCUUCGAUUAGGUGUAGUGUUAUUCAUAAUAAACAAUCUCAACCUG